AUGUCACGUUCCGAGUCGGAUGAACGCGAUAGCGGAUUUGCCACCGGCAACGGCUCAGGACCGUCGCACGCAUCAGAGUAUGCUUCCACUCGUCUUGACCGACAUGGCUUGACAUCUUCAGCAGACGAUGCACUUCGUGCCACACACGACCGCCACAGAGACCCGUACUCAAACCAAGAUCCAUACGCAGGCGGCUCGCAACGCUUUAGAGGAAGACCCGCGAGCCCGUCCCAGGAACGCCAGUAUCAGCACGAGCUCGACAUGAUGAAGGCACGGGAGGAGCACGAGCGAUUCUACGCCACGACUUCGUCACGUGGUGGACGCGAAGCCCCAGAAGGCAACGAGGUGUAUGCCGGGGUGCCCGCCGUCAGCGCAGAAGCCAGCGGUUUCGGACCGCGAGCAUCUUCGAGCGAAAAGCCGAAUUUGGACGGCUUCUCCCGGGUCGAGAACGGCAGGCGCUAUCGCCUCGUUGUGGUGCAGCAUCCGAGUCGAGCACGCAUGUGCGGAUUCGGCGAUAAGGAUCGACGUCCGCUCAGCCCAACGCUGCUGGUGAAACUCGUCAUCACGGACGAGGCAACAGGCGACGAGAUCAGCCCUCUCGAUGUCAACACGUCUCUCUUUCUUCUUGCCACCGACCUCUGCCACCCUGACGACCUCAUGCUGGCACCUCGCAACAUCCUCGUCCAUCAUCACGCCUCAUCUCUACCUGUCCAUUCGAUGCAGCAGGGUGGUCACCAUGGAUACUCCCAGGACGACUACGCCACGCCGCAUGGAUCGAGUUACGGCAACUUGGCAUCCGAAGGCCCCUCGGACGCCGACUACCGGACCGGAGGCGGGUUCGGGGCGGGUCUUCCGCGCUCGGGGUCUCCUUCCGGUGCUCCAGACGCACGCAGCUCUACGAAUCCACAAAUGUCGAUGGCGAGUAGCGGAGGCAACGUGAUCGCGGGUCAAGGCGAAUCGUACACGCGCAACCUGGUGGGUGCGGCGGUGGCGAGCGCGUCCGUGCUCAAGGACGAGCAGGACAAGUGGUGUAUUUUUUUCGUCUUCCAAGACAUCUCGGUGCGUACCGAGGGCGUGUACCGCAUCAAGCUCAUGUUUGUCAAUCUCGAGGUCAACGGUCGCGUCGGCACGGGCGUAUCGGAGGCGCUUGCCGAGACGUACACGGAGCCGUUCACCGUCUACUCGCCGCGGCGCUUCCCGGGCAUGUUGGAUCCGACGCCGCUCUCCCGCAAACUCGCAUCGCAGGGUAUCAAGAUUCCCGUGCGCAACGACAAGAAGAAGCAGCGCCGACGCAACGACGACGGCGACAUGGGUCCAGACGAUGACGGCGGCUCGGGCGGCGACGACGACGAUGAUUAG